AGAAACUGCAGGGUUUAAGCUCUUAGAAGAACUCGGGAAAUCAGGGUUUCUCUUAAAAAUGUGGAGCAGAGCAGGGUCGAGGAGAUGCAACAUACACCGGCGGUUGUUCAGCGGCGCAGCUCGCCGAAUAGAGGACGAAGGUGACUGGCUUUACUCACCCGAGUGGUGGGGAUCCGAAUCCGAAUCCGAGUUCAAUGGAAACACCGUGUUCCGCUCCGUCUCUGAUAAAGGAAACGGCGUUAUCUCCGUCCACGCUUACCCUUCUUCUAGACCCAACAAAGUUCAUUGGCCAGAAACAGAGAAAUGGCUUCAGCAAAGGUAUGGAGAGAUAUAUCCAGGCUAUGAACACAGUGGAAGUUUUAAGAUACUUGGGUAUCAAUGGCGUGUCCUUCGCUUUAACGAUAAUACUCGCCAAAGUACAGUUAAAAUAAUGGCUGCUUAUCGGGAUACUGAGCCUGGCUCUAUAUUUAUCAUGCAGCAGGCUCAAUGCCUGGCUAUUCCAUAUGUUAAGAGUAUGGUGUCACUAGGACUAUCUACUAUUGCAUCUUCUAAAUACGAUCUAAUGGCAGCAGUACAUGGGAAGAAAAGGAUGCAUAUAUUAUGCAUUGGUCAUGGUGGUGGGAGCUUGCCAUUGUUUCUGGCUAGUAAAAUUCAAGGUGCUGAAAUCCAUGUCGUCGAAAUUGACCCUAUUGUCAUCUCAGCAUCAGUGCAAGCAAUGGGCUUUCCAGGUUUCUCAGUCAUGACCCCAUCAGGUGAACGUGCUUUGCUAGAACCUGAUACUAUUAAUGAAGUAAUGUGGAAGGGCAUCCACGAGAGGCUAUACCUCUAUGAAACGGAUGCCGAGAAGUAUGUUGUAGAAAACAACAAUCUGUAUGAUAUCAUCUUCGUUGAUGCUUAUGACGGUGAUGACAUCUUCCCUAACAAGCUAUGGGAUCCACAUUCCCCAUUUCUCAAAUCUCUCAGCGACCGACUCCAUCCCGAACAUGGCACUGUAGUGGUGAAUCUCCAUGCAGACUCCGAUAUCUCAAACCCCAGUGAGACCGUUUCGUACUUCUACCAGCGACUUCUGCCAAUGGGAAAGUACGUCUCUAGAGUUUGCAAAGCGUAUAAAGAUGUCCUCAUCAGAAACAAAGUAACAAGGGGAGGGAAAUUCGGGUGUGGUUUAGGUUUUGCAAUAUCGGUACCUUGGGUGUGCAACACAUCAUUAGUGGUGAGCAGAGGAUUUGGGUUGACUAGUGGAUUUGUUAACAGGGAUAUGGUAAUGAAUACCCUCGUAUCCAGUUCUGUUAAAGUAGAUCAUAUGUUAAACUUACCCUUCUCAUGCUUAGAGUAUAUAAAUAUAAAGAGAGAUUGUACACUUAUCUAGUAACAUUUCAAUUUCA